UAUCUAAAACAUUUCCUUCAUCUAGGCCAUUUCAGCAGUAUUAUAUUACUUAUAUCAAGAAAUAAAACAAAAAGGGGAAAAAAGCACAUAGUAUCAUUUAGGGAAUUCAUCUCUGUUAGAAUGAUAUAUGUAUUCAGAAUCUUUUCUAUUUCUUUAACCAUAGUCAAACAAAUGUUUCUUUUUAAAAUAUUCUCUCUGGUAGACCCCAUCAUCUAUUUUCUUAAUUUUCACUUUGAUCUUUUUCCUUUGACCAGUAUCUUUCUUGAUCAAUGUGUUUUGCUGAAUCAAAAAGUUUUUCCAUAUAUUCAUGACUGUUGCUGUAGGUAUAAGAAGUAAAUCGAAUAAAGUGUUUUUAUGUGAGGCUUUUGUCUUUCCAUGUUUCUUGAAAAUCUUUUUCUCUUUCUCCUUCUUUGCAUCUCUUAUCACUUCCUUUCUCUCUGAUGUUUUCAACAUCUCUACAUUCCAUUUUGUCCAAUCUGUUUUUUUGUCCUCAGAUUUACUUUGUGGUCUUAAGGGAUGACAACUCAUCAUCUUUAAUAAUAGAGAUAUAAGAUUGGGGAAAUAAAAUCCCAAAAUCCCACAAGAGUCAAGUUCUACUGUUUGCUAUGGGUAAACCUUUGUUUAAUACAGCACUGAACUUGAACUCUACUUCCUAAAUAAACAAAAACAACUUAGCUAUGAUAUUGGACUAAAAUAUUUCAAAUAUCAUAUGAUGUACUCUAAGUACAUAUGCAACAGAUGAAUUUAUUUGCUUUCAUUGCCUAGUAAGGGGUCCAAAUUGAUUUCAGAAGAUAUAGAUUUUUAUCUGGCACCCGUAGUGGAAUAUGAGUUUGGUUGUUUAUCUACUGGGAUGUGAGCCUUCUAGGCAUAAUAUUCUUGAUGGUUUUUGAAAGUUAGGAGCUUAAUGUUGAAAGGGUUACUGUUCUUAAAUGUAGUCGUCAUUUAAUAGAUUCAUAUCUUCAUGUCUUUCAUUCCACCUUUUGCAUCUUCCCCCUCAGGCAGGAGGUACAGCUCGUCAUAAAUACUGAUCUACUUAAUUGUUCCUCUUCAGUGUUCUGCCCACAUUCAUAUUUCACUGCUCGGUCCAAUUUUCUCCUCAUUCUAGCUGUACUGAGUCCUGUGUAAGAAUUCUUGUUCUGGAUCCAGAAGAUAUUCAUGGACUUCACCAUUAAUAUUUGGGUCUUCUUAAUCCUACUUUACUGGCCAUGGGAUUCAGAGACACGAAAAUAUGAAGACAUCCUUAAGGUGCCAAAUGGAGGACGAUGGGGUACCUGGGGAGAGAUAAUAUUAUGUCCCACAGGACAUGUUAAUGGCUUCGCACUGAAGAUGCAACCAUCCCAAACAAUCUGGGCUGACGAUACAGGAGGUGUCAACAGUAUUCGUCUUGAAUGUACCGAUAGGACCAUCAUUGAAACUAAGAGUGGACGACGGGGCAAUUGGACAGAAUUUCAGGAAUGCCCCAGAGGCAACUUCAUUUCUUUUGCUCUCAACAUGGUAGAACAUAGAGGACUACUUGAUGAUAUGGCAGUUAAAAACAUCCAAUUUAGUUGUGAAAAAGGAACUGUACUAACGGGACCACCACACAAUGGGCCAAACUUUCGUCCGUGGAGCAAACAUUGCCAUGUUGGCUCCAUAUGUGGAAUGCAGGUAAAGACUGAGGACGUUCAAGGAUGGAGAGAUGAUACAACAAUCUGUGAUGUGAAGUUUUUCUGCUGUGAUUGAACCAAAAGUCUUUGGCACCACUAAAGCACAUCUGCCUGUGUUCUAUUGGAUUUGUCUGAAAUGAAUCCAAGCACAAUUAAUCUAAACCUUAAACAAGGAGUUUUAUGCGAUUUAACAGUUCUGUUGUAAAUAGCAUGGUUAAUUACAUUAAAAAAUGAAUUGUUUAGUUUUUAUCUAUACAUAUGAACAUAGCAAAUGUUUAAUAUAUAUCUUAAAAUGUA